AUGGGCCCCUCCGUGUUAUCCAAUGGCCUGCCUACCUCCCUGGUGGAUGUUCUCUCCAACUCCUUGAUCUUGCACCAAACUGCUCCUUACCUGCCUGUAUCCUCGCUUUGCGCUCUGUCGUCGACAUCCAAAGCUCUGUACGACGUCAUCCGCCAAUCGCCCGAAGCUUUUCGAUAUCUCGAUCUGUCACCCGUCAAGUCCGCGAUUGUACCCUUUGAUGGCCCACUCGAUGGCGGCGGUAUCAGCUGGCGCGCUGAGCGCAUGGACGAGUCACUGUCCGAGGACGACUUUUACUCCGGUCCCCUUCGCGGUAUCGUCUACAGACUCGAGAAGCAGCGCGUCCUACGUAAUAUACAUACGCUGGUUCUGGAUGGGUUGAGCGUGACAGCGGAGUUCGUCAAGGAGCUCAUUACCGAAGACCGAUACAAUGUCAGACUGCUGUCAAUCCGGGAAGUCAAGCACUUGAACGAGCGAAAGCUUCAGCAGUAUCUCAGAUAUGCAGUCCGCCCGUCGAGGCCCGAAGGCACCCCUCGAGUCAAGGGCAUUUACAUGUUCGGGCCCCGCGAUCGACAAUGCGAACCGGAGACACCACGAGCGCCCUUUCCUUCUGCUUCCCGUGGCGUUAUGUCUUCACAAGGAGCUCAGAUCGGCGCACAAUGGAACCAGAAGUCGUCUCACGCUCUGAACACUGCGUUGGCGCGGACUCAGGAUAGAUGGUAUCAGUCGUCUGGCAAGAUGAUCGCAAGGCGGCCUUCUCCAGAAUGGGCUGAGGUUGUGCAGGCGUGCGAGGGACUCAUCUCCUUUGAUGCCGUUCUCUGUCGAGGACCACGUCACGACCCGAGUAAAGCCUAUGCCAGCAGCAUGCCGCAUCCAGCCGCGUUCCUCAGGCCUACUAUUGCGACUGUGGCGCUGGGACCAACUGGCUGCGAGACGUGCCAUUCUGCUUCUGAGGGCCCAGCGAUUUUCGCCGAUUCGCCUGCGACUCAGUUCCCUCUUCUGAGCCCCGUACCACUCCACGGAAGCACACUACGUGCGGCCAAAGUCCCACAUACAAUCGAUGGAUCAGGCCCGCCACCUCUGUAUAUGCGUUGCGAAGACUGUCUGAAAGGCCGCUGGUGCGAGAGAUGCCACAAGUGGUGGGACGAGGACUGCUACGCUGGAUCAACUGUUGCCCAACGAACCGAACUCCAACAGACCGAGCUUGCGGAGACCUUGACAACCAACGGCACGACUUCCAUGGUUCCGAAGCAAACCAUCAAGAUCAUCGGUGUUCGACGUGACUGCUUCGGUUGUGGCCAUACAUGUAUAAGCUGCAAGGAGCUUUUCAUCCGACAGUGUAAGAAAUGCCAGAACGAAUAUUGCCUCGAAGACAACGAUGCAUCAUCUGACACCUUGUGUGACUGGUGCAACUUUACUUCGCGGCGUACCGUCGAGAUGUAUUAGGUUGUGCGCAGGCGUGACGCCACUGAAUCACCUCUGAGCUGAAGCUCGGUGAACUGCAUUUGGAGUAAGGACGGUGUGAGAUGGAAAUGAUUAUGAGCCUAUGCAUGGCGUUUAUAUUGAUACCCCCCUCAUUCCUAGUAAAUGCAUGACUGCUCUUGACAUC